AUGAGUAUUGAAGUCGUUCAACGUGUGCAAGUGCCUUCAGGUGCUAUAUCAACUACACAUUAUGUUCAAAAUCGUGCUCCAUUGCAGCCCGUUCCUUUUCAAAAACUGCCGCCAGGUGCGGUAAAAGCCGAUGGUUGGUUGCUUGGUCAAUUGAAACUACAAAUUAAUGGCUUAAAUGGGAAACUGUACGAAAUUUCCGAUUUUUUAGUUUAUGAUAAUUGUGGUUGGAUUGAUCCGACAAAAGUGGCAUGGGAAGAAAUGCCUUAUUGGCUGAGAGGAUUUGCUGAACUUGCUUUUGUCACCGGCGACGCAGAUACUUUGUCGAUCGCCAAUCGUUGGAUGGAUGGAGUUUUACGUACACAACAAUCUGAUGGAUGGUUCGGUCCAAAUUAUAUGCGAACAUCACUUGAUGGCGUUCCUGAUCUAUGGCCAGCAAUGUUAUUCUCAAAUAUUUUCCGUUCAUUGUAUGAGUGUACCAAUGAUGCUCGUGUUAUACCAUUUCUUUUGAACUGGUUUCAAUUUGUUGCUAAAGCUCCUGAUGAUUCAUUCACCCGUGGUUGGGGUGCAACUCGAUGGGCGGAGAACAUCGACAACAUCAUUUGGUUAUACAAUCGAACAAGUAAUACUGAUUGGUUACUUAAUUUGAUGCAUCGAAUUCAUAAGGUUUCCGUUGAUUGGGUUCAUGCAACACCAACAUUACACAAUGUGAACUUCGCUCAAGGAUUUCGUGAGCCCGCGUUUUAUUCACUCGUUGCCAAUCCACCUGAUCCAACAUUAGUUCAAGCUACUUAUCAAAGAUAUGAAGACCUUGUUAAUCAAUACGGACAAUUUCCAAGUGGAGGUGUCGCUGGUGAUGAAAUUUGUCGACCGAAUCAUACAGAUCCUCGACAGGGUCUUGAAACCUGUGGUUUUGCUGAGUUUAUGCACAGUUUUCAUAUGCUUAUGCGAGUAACGGGCGAUGGUUAUUGGAUCGAUCGAUGUGAAUUAAUUGGAUUCAAUUCUUUUCCUGCUACAUUAGAUCCAUUUGUCGCGCGAGGAACACAUUAUAUCACCUGUCCAAACUCGAUUCAACUUGAUGAUGUUAAGAAAACUGUCUUUUAUGAUGACUGGUUUCCUCUACUUGCUUAUAAACCAGGUUUUCAUCAAUAUCGUUGUUGUGCUCACAACUAUGGUAUUGGAUGGCCAUAUUACACUGAAGAAGCAUGGUUAGCAACAUAUGACGGUGGUCUAUGCGCUUCGUUGUACACGGCAUGUCAAGUAACAGCAUUAGUUGGAGAAAACACAGGUACAAAAAUAACGAUUAUUGAACAAACUAAUUAUCCGUACGAAGAAAAUAUUCAAUUUCGUUUACAAUUACCUACAUCAGUUCAAUUUAAACUUUAUUUACGAAUACCGAAUUGGUGUGAUAAAGCACCAACGGUUUCCAUCAACGGACAAGUUGUUUUUGAUCGAAAAACACCUGAUAAUGGUUCAUUCAUUAUUAUUAAUCGCCUUUGGAGUAAUAACGAUGUCGUUUUAUUAACAUUACCUUUAGAUUUAACGAUUAAAACAUGGGUGCAAAAUAAAAAUUCAGUUUCGAUUCAUUAUGGCCCUUUGACGUUUUCAUUGGCAAUCGACGAGCAAUACAAUCGGAUUGGCGGGACGAAUGAAUGGCCAGAAUAUGAAGUUAUAGCGAAGUCUAAUUGGAAUUACGGUUUGCUUCUCUCAAGUAGAGAUCAAUGGAAAUUAAAUCGAACGAAAAAGACAAACUAUACAGAAAAUAUCUUCACUCAAGAAAACAUUCCGAUGAAUAUUCAAGUUCGGGCGCGUCGGAUUCCACAAUGGACAAAAGAUCAAGAGAAUGUUGUUGGAAUUUUACCACAAUCACCAGUUGAAAGUAAAGAAAUCGAUGAGACAGUUACACUAAUACCUAUGGGGGCUGCACGACUUCGUAUUACUGCAUUUCCUUCAAUUGCUCAAUAA